AUGAAAGUUGAAUCAAAAGAACCAAAAAUUUAUUCCCCAUAUAGUGGUGAUGGUUUAACGUACUCAGAAAUAUUUAAAAAGUCGAUAAUUAUAAAAGUCGUUCCUCGAGCACUUACCAUUACAGCUUUUUCGGUGUUGAUUGUCGGACUUUGGAAGUAUUGGGAAGGAAGACGUUUAUGGUCAACUAUGACAACAUCGAUUAGGAAUCUUGCACGAUAUAUUCUUGUAAGCGUUGCACCUAAGGGGCAAAUAGACCCCGAAAAAAAAGUCGCCUUUGAUCUCUUGGAAGGAUUUGCAUUUGCCACUAAAGAUUACCUUCGAGAGAAAUGUUAUAAAUAUUAUGAAGAAGAUUCAACGAUCAAUACGAUCUGUUUAAAUCUUGAAAGAGAAUCAUUAAGUAAAAAUAAAAAUGAGGGUAAUAAAGCUAAUUACAUAAAAAUGUUUAAUUUGAAAGGAAAAAAGGAUUUAAAAGGAAGAAAUUUGAUCACACCCAAACAGAUAAUUGAUCAUAAUUUGCCACUUGAUAUUGCCUUGUACUUGAAUUACUACAUCACGAGCAAAAGCAAUGCAGAUACUAUGUCGGUCACUCAAAUGUACAAUAACUUAAACACACUUACAGAUUGUUUAACAAGCCUAGAGAGAGUUCUUAGAUCACCAAUUCCUUAUGCCUACGCCAUUCAUCUUUUGCAUACCACGUGGAUAUUUUGUUUGUCACUUCCAUUUCAAUUAGUUGGAGACCUUGAAUGGGUUACGGUACCUAUAGUAUUUUUUGCCUCAUUCAUCUUACUAGGAGUCGAGGAGAUCGCAGAUGAGAUCGAAAAUCCAUUUGGUACAGAUCAUAAUGAUCUAGCAAUAGAUAGUUUCUGUGACCUUAUUAAAAUGGAAUUAGAUUUUAUUAAAAAACAUGGUGAUACAACAUUGGUUAAGAAAGAUAUGGACAACUGGUGGAAAGAGGCAGCAGAAAAAACGAAAAACAAUUCAGAACAAAAUCCAGAAAAAAAAUCAGAACAAAAUCCAGAAAAAAUCUUAGAAAAAAAUCCAGCAAAAAAAAAUGAAACAAAUCAAGAGGUUGAUGAAAUAAAGAUAGAUGGCAAAAAAUCAAAUGAUGAAAAAGAUGUUAAUCAAUACGGAGACGAUUCCGCAGUGUGA